UUGCCACCCUUAAUUCAGAAACUUGGGAGAGAGAGGGGCAGUCGUCUAGUUAGGGUUGUGUAGCUCUGUCUUACUAGAGUCAGCUUGGGCGAGGAGAAAAUGGCGACGAGGAUGGCAGCGAGGUUCGUGGCGACAAGGAGGCUCUCCUCCUCCGGCGGUGGAAAGGUCCUCGGCGAGGAGGAGAAGGCGGCGGAGAACGUCUACAUCAAGAAAGUGGAGCAAGAGAAGUUGGAGAAACUAGCACGCAAGGGUCCUAAAUCUGGAGAGGCAACCUCGGCCACACCCAAAGGCCCAGAGGUCGAGGCCAAUCCGAGCGGCACACCAGGGUCAUCAACAUCUGGUGUUUCGACUGACACCAAUAGGAACUAUGCUGUUUUGGCUGGUACGAUCGCCGCUGUUUCUGGAUUGGGUUGGUACCUCUUGUCCAAACCCAAGAAAUCUGAUGAAGUUGUGGACUGAGAGCCAAAAAGAUUGACCUACAUUAACGGUUCGGUUUCUUCUUUGCAAGUUGAUUGCAAAACCUCGUCUUUUUUUGUUGAACUUAUCGGCCUCCUUUAUGCACUAGCAGACUAUACUGACUUGCUCACAAGUAUAAUCUCUUGUAUGUUUUGCUCUUGGACUUUUCUGGAAUUUUGAUGGAGAAAAUAAUUGUUCAUGACAAUUGCUGAAUACAAUACAGGACAUACUAUUUCUUUGCUCCAAA